CCUACCACCCCUAUUAACCUGCUAGGUUUACAUAUCAAAACCCCAGAGCCAUUGCCAAAGCCGAAAACCUCUCGAGAGAACAAACCCACCUCCAACCAUGGCGGUCGCAACCCCAAAGGAGUCCGUGCAAUGCUUCGGACGUAAGAAGACGGCGGUGGCAGUGACCUACUGCAAGCGCGGACGCGGCUUGAUCAAGAUCAACGGCUGCCCGAUCGACCUGGUGGAGCCAGAGAUCCUAAGGUUCAAGGCGGUGGAACCAAUCCUACUGCUGGGCAAGCACCGUUUCGCCGGUGUGGACAUGAGGAUCCGGGUGAAGGGAGGAGGUCACACCUCUCAGAUCUACGCCAUUCGUCAGAGCAUCGCCAAGGCCUUGGUGGCUUUCUACCAGAAGUACGUGGACGAGCAGACGAAGAAGGAGAUCAAGGACAUCUUGGGGAGAUACGACAGGACCUUGCUCGUCGCUGAUCCCAGGCGGUGUGAGCCUAAGAAGUUUGGUGGUCGUGGUGCCAGGGCUAGGUACCAGAAAUCUUACCGUUAGAGAAGAAGAAGAAGAAGAGUUUGUUUUUCAUGUAUUUUCUUCUCAUUUUUGUUUUGUUAAAGAUUUUGAAUCGAAAAAGAAAAUCAAUGCCUUUUUGCUAUUAGUAGACUCGGAUUUUGAUGGAUAGAUGAAGAUUUUGUUAUGGUUAAUGAUUUGUUUUAACAAAGUGUUUUGGAAUUUUUGAAGCUC